GCUUGACGCGGGAUGUUUGCAUGACGAUGUCUGCGAGGAAAUGCCCAUCGUCGCCGCGCAUGCCGAGCAUCUUGAUCUAUACGAGGCCAUGAACUUUUCCGACUCGAGAGUCCUCGACUUGGGUUCUCAAUCCACAAAAAUCAAAGAUCUUGUGUCGACCGUCAUCCUCGAAUGUAUGAGGGUGGACCGCGUAUGCGCCUUACGAAUGCUCGAAGCUUACCGCAAAAGGUGGCAAGCGAUUAUAGAAACACGCGAUACGGAUAAAAUCGAGAGCUUGGAAGAAUAUCUCGAGUCACGGGCUAACAAUGGGAGUAUGGGUGCAUACUACGCCAUGCUCGAGUUUUCUUUGGGGAUUGUCAUUACCCAAGAAGAGUACAGUUUACUGGCUGCCCCCAUGCGACACUGGAAGCGCUGCAUGCUCCUGACAAACGACUAUUGGAGCUGGCUCCGGGCACGGCAGCAAACAAAAAAUCAACUAGUUGGCAGGGUCGUCAACACGAUUUGGUUCCUCAUAAAGCAAAACCCAACCUACACCGACGAGCAAGCCAAAAGCAAAGUAGCCGAAAUGGUCGUUGCCGAAGAAGCCAAAUGGGUCCAAUCAAAAAACCGCCUUUACGCCGAAAAUCCAAAACUCCGCGAUGAUUUGGUCAAGUUUCUCGAAAAUUUGCACACGGCUUUGGCUGGCAACGACUACUGGAGCUCGCAACGUUACCGCCACAACGACUGGACCCACGUUCCAACGCAGCCAGAGCCAGACCACCCGCGGAUUCACGAACUGGCGGGAUUUGGCCGCACGUUAGUGGUCGAGGAGUCGAGAAUCCUCGCCAGGCCAUCAUCAUCAUCAUCACCGUCUCAUAGCCUAGGUGCGUCCGCAUCGUCCUCUAGCGGAUGGGCAUCCUCAUCAUCUCAGGGAGAUCUGAGUUCGCCGCUGUCUUCUGCCUCGUCCACUUUCGACAAUGUGGACAGAGACCGUCUCAAACACAAAGUCACAAAAGCCACUACGACCACCGCCGCCACAGCAGAGGAGGUGAUUUCGGCCCCGAUACGGUAUAUCCAAUCCAUGCCCUCCAAGGGUUUCCGUGCCGCCCUGGUCGACUGCUAUAACAUGUGGUUGGAUGUGCCGCAGCGUGAAAUGGAAAUCAUCAAAACUGUUAUCAACUGCCUACAUGAUUCGUCCCUCCUCCUGGAUGAUAUUGAAGACGACUCUAAACUACGUCGAGGAUUCCCCGCCACGCAUCUCGUCUACGGCCCCGCGGCGACCAUCAACAGCGCCACAUAUCUAUACGUACAAGCGGUACAGGCCGUGCAUAAUCUGGGAUCUAGAAAACUAAUGGAUGUCCUACUGCUCCGUUUGCAACAGCUUUUUUUCGGCCAAUCGCUGGACCUGCAUUGGACUUUUAACCGCGAAUGUCCCACCAAAACCCAAUAUUUCAAUAUGAUCGAGCAAAAAACGGGGGCAUUCCUAUCGUUGGUUGCAGAGCUUAUGAUGGUUGUUUCUGCUGCCAGCGACUACGAAAGCUCCACUGAUUCCCCCGAAAACAUAUUCCAAACAUUCUCGUACCAGUCCGGGCUGUAUUUCCAAGUCCGCGACGAUUACCUCAAUAUUACCUCGGCCGAUUACGCAGACAAAAAGGGUUUCGCCGAAGAUUUAGACGAGCAAAAGUUCUCCUAUAUCCUCGUCCACCUCGCGCAUUCCCGGCCCGAUUUGAUGGUCCAGGUUGAAGGCAUUUUUAAGGCUAUGCGGAGCGGGAAGACGGAAAACGCCGAAACCAAAAAGUACCUGGUUUCUCUGCUGCACAAGAGCGGUGCCGUGGAGGCGACAAAGGAGCUGCUGGUACGGUGGCAAGAUGAUAUCGUCAAGGAGAUUGACGUGUUGGAAAACCACUUUGGGAAGCCGAAUCCGUCGUUGAGGUUAUUGAUGCAGACUUUGUGGAUUGAUGCCUAGUUAGGGUACAAGCGCUACUAUUCAGAUGGUAUAUAACGGAUCUCAAGUGGCCAAAACGAAUACAAAAGAUUAAAAGCCGACCUGUGGACUACGCCAGCACCUCCUGGUCUGGAAUCAUUCCGAGCGAGACUGCGUUCCACACCAAUGCGUCCUUUUGCCCGAACAAGCUGAAAGCAGCGAGAGAUUGACGAAAACACGUCGACCUGGAGGAUACGGACAUGCCACAGCAGGAGACACGACCGAGAC